UCUGCGCUGUAGGCUAAACCACGUGACUGAACGCGGAACUUGAGGAAAUGCUGUGAAAACUGAAGGAAAAUGUCAAAGUAGCUUUUUCGGCUCACUCAUCUCGACAAGGCGAUUUCACAAACUAGCUGCACCGAUGGCGAGCGCACCUCCUCUGGAGAUAUCAGGUGCGGUGGGACACGCACCCCCACCACCGUCUUACGAAGAGGCGAUGAUUGCAGGACCCCAGUAUUCGCAGGGGGCUCCCAUUCAUCCACCUCCUGGCUACAGCAAGGCACCUCCAGCUCCAUACCCACCUCAGGCUACAUACCCAACUCAAGGCUACACGCACAUGUACUCGCCUCCACCUCCCGGACCACCAGUGACCACCCCCGUGGUGUCAGUGCAGACUGUAUACGUCCAGCCUGGUGUGUCGUUUGGUGAACUUCCUGUGCAGGCCUAUUGCCCCCACUGUGCACAGUCCGUACUAACACGUUUGGAGUACAAUUCAGGUACAAUGACCUGGCUCACCUGUGCAGGCCUGUUCAUUUUCGGCUGUAUCUAUGGUUGCUGCCUGAUCCCUUUCUGUGUGGACUGUCUGAAGGAUGUGACCCACCGCUGCCCAAACUGCACCAGUGUUUUAGGAGUCUACAAACGACUCUGAUGUGACCGUAUGGUGCUGUAACAGGAACCAAACAUGUAUCCCACUGUACUUUCAGCAUUCCAUGUGUUUCUUUUUACUGCAAAAAUUAAAUAUUAAAAUAUGUCAGGAAAGGUAUAUUUACUUAGAUAUUUAUUUUAAUCAGUGUCUGCUAAUGGUUCCAGGUUUGUAAAUUUAAAAACAUCAACAAUUUAACAUAUAAUUCUGCUGCUGUCGUGUGAUUUACAAAGUAUACCUCCACAAAUUAAAGACAAAAAUGUAAUGAUUAUAAAAAAAUAUCAUCGUAAAAAGCCACUUUUCAGAAGGGCUACUCCAAAGACAUUUUUUAGACACAGCAACUUGGUAUAUGCUUUUAUUUUAAAUAUAAAUAAAUACAGAUGAUUGAUCACCAUUGUAAAUAAAAAAAAAACAAAAAAAAACACAAAACCAAAAAAAAAAAACAAAAACCUAGAUUUCAGACUUGUCUAGACGACCUUUUCUCCUUUUUUUAACACUUACAUUACUUGUGAGAAGACAGUCAGAUCAAACUUCUUUUUCAUGUAAUCCAUGUAUUUAGUUUCAUGUAUUCAUCUUUAACACAGCAGAUUUAAACUCCGUAAGUUUUUCACAAGGUAUGUUAGAGAAAGGAAAGCACUACAUAAAAAUAAAGCUAACAUUUUAUACCACUCACCCUUAGACAUGCAUGCCAUUACAUUUGAAAGUGCCUUAUUUAGUUACUCACCUGUUGUAAAAAUAUUACUGAUAAAUGGUCUUGAGACAAGCAGAACUUUUUCUCUCAAAUAAUAUACACCUCAAACUGAAUGUCAUUCUGUAAUCUGAAGUUAUAUGUAAGUUUACUCAAAAAGUUACCUUCACAUUUUUAAUAGUUGUAAUGUAUCUUAAACAGAUGAAUAAACUAAGCAUUAAAGA